AUGGACGUCAGACAAUUCUUCGACGAAACUCUCCGCCUUUUGGGUGUUGAGGGUGGUGCGGCCGCUUCUGGUAGCGGCGGCGGUGGUGGCCCUGAGCGUGAUGGUGGCUGUCGGGGUGGUGGGAAAGGCGGCAGACGCCGCAGCAAGCCAAAGAAGAAGAAGGAGGGGGGGGAAGGGGGAAAAGAGCAGAAGAAAAGGAAGGAAGAGGGCGGCGGCCGCAUCAAACUCCGUGGGGGGGUUUAUAAAGUCCCGGCAGGUUACCGAGGGGGUCGUGGCGCGGGUGGGACUUUGUCCCGUGAACAAUUACGCGGAGUUUUGGCAUUGGGCCUUGUGCCCGAGGAGAAGAAAGAAGAGGAAGAAGAGGAAGAAGUGACCAACCUUUAUCAAGGACUUUGCUGA